GUGGUUGUGUCUGUCAAACGUAUUUGAAAUUAGAGUAUUGUGAUUGUGAUGAAUAAAAUAAAUUAAUCUCAAUUUGAAAAAAAAAAUAAGAUAAAAACGUUAACAAUUUAGCUUUUAUAAUAUUAGUUAAAAAUGUUUGCUUCACGUGUUAAGUUGGGCCACUACCACUAUGUUAUGAAUAUUAGUAGGUUAUAUUUCAGUUCUUCCAAAAUCAUUAAAUAUUUAUCUCCUAGUUGCACUAUUAGGAACAAUCUAUAUGACUGCAUGCUUUUGAAUCACAAACUCUUCAGUACUGCAGCAGAACAAGCUGAGAUAUUAAAAGGGAAUGUUGAGAGAAAAGAAUUCCAGGCUGAAACAAAAAUGUUGUUAGAUAUUGUAGCCAGGUCAUUAUACUCGGAUAAAGAAGUAUUCAUUAGAGAAUUAAUAUCAAAUGCAAGUGAUGCUUUAGAAAAGUUUCGUUAUCUGUCUGUAAGUGGAGCACCUGGCACCACUAACUUAGUGGAGACUGAUCGCCCUUUGGAGAUAAGACUUAUAACCGAUAAGCAGAACAGAACACUAACAUUCCAGGACUCCGGGAUUGGCAUGACCAAAGACGAGCUGAUUUCAAAUAUUGGCACUAUAGCUCGCUCUGGAUCAAAAUCAUUUAUAGAGGAAAUAAAAAAACAAGGUGCUGAGCAAGCUAGCUCUAUAAUAGGACAAUUUGGUGUUGGCUUUUAUUCUGCAUUUAUGGUAGCUGAUAAAAUUGAAGUUUAUACACGUAGCAGCCAUUCUGGAUCCCCUGGUUACAAAUGGACAUCUGAUGGAUCAGGUGCAUAUGAAAUACAAGAGGUAGAAGGCGUGCCAGUUGGCACUAAAAUCAUUGUCCAUUUAAAAACUGAUUGCAGAGAAUUUGCUGAUGAUGACACUGUCAAAAGUAUAAUUAAAAAAUAUAGUAACUUCAUUGGAAGCCCAAUUCUGUUAAACAAUGAACAGGUUAAUUCUAUUAAGCCUCUCUGGUUGAUGGAACCUAAAGAAGUAACUCAUGAGCAACAUACAGAAUUCUAUAGAUUCAUUAGUAAUUCAUAUGAUAAACCACGUUUUACCCUUCACUACAAAACUGAUGCACCUCUCAGUAUUAGAUCAAUACUCUAUGUACCAGAAGGUAAACCAGGGCUGUUUGAGCUAUCACGCGAUUCAGAUGUUGGAGUAGCUCUAUAUUCAAGGAAAAUACUGAUUAAAAGCAAGGCUGAAAAUAUUUUACCCAAAUGGUUACGUUUUGUGAAAGGUGUUGUUGACUCUGAAGACAUUCCAUUAAAUCUCAGCCGUGAGCUUUUACAAAAUAGUGCUUUGAUAACUAAACUAAGAACUGUUUUAACAAACAGAUUUCUUAAAUUCAUGAUUGAAAUGUCUCAAAAGGAUCCAGUGGGAUAUGAAGCUUUUUAUAGAGACUAUUCCUUAUUCCUGAAAGAGGGAAUAGUUACAAGCCAAAGUGCCAUAGAAAAGGAGGAAAUCGCGAAGCUCUUGCGUUUUGAAUCAUCAAAAUUGGAAAGUGGUACAAGAACGUCUCUUUCGGAUUACAGCGCAAGACAAAAGAAUGACCAAAAGAGUAUCUAUUAUUUGGCAGCUCCGAGCCGUGAGCUGGCACAAUCAUCACCUUAUUUCGAAUCUCUGAAGAAACGUGAUGUUGAGGUUCUUUUUUGCUAUGAAAUGUACGACGAGCUGGUACUCCUGGAACUUAAAGAAUUUGCUGGAAGGCAAUUGGUCUCUAUAGAAAACGACAUGCAAAAAGAUGCUACCGAUGCAGUAGAAACUGUUAUUGGUGGUGAAAGUUUGCAGCAAUCUCAAAUAGACGAAGUCAUAUCAUUUUUGAAAACUAACUUGGUGGGCAAAGUAUUCGAUGUACGCACUACACAAAGACUAGAUUCCCAUCCGUGUGUUAUCAUUGUGCCAGAAAUGGCAGCGGCGAGACACUUCAUCCGAACGCAAGCACAGAAUCUUAGCGAAGAAAACAGAUUCGCGCUUCUUAGGCCGCAGUUAGAAAUCAAUGCCAAGCAUCCUAUUAUCAUAAAGCUUCAUAAGCUGGUGUCAACUGACAAGGAACUUGCAAACAUGGUGGCCCAACAAUUGUUUUCAAAUGCGAUGGUGACAGCUGGACUUAUCAUGGAUCCAAGAAAUUUAAUUACACACAUUAAUGAUCUUUUGGUCAAAGCAUUGGAAAGACAUUGAUAAAUGUUAUUUGCUUAUUAAUAACAUUCGAAAUUAUUUAAAAUAUAUUAAACAUUUACAAACUU